AAGGAACUACCGGGCCCCGCCUAAUGUAACAUCACUCUCAACAGGAAGAACGGGACAAAACGAAUGGGAAAUCUGAACCCAAAAGGCGAGAAAUGUGACAGGAGUAGAAAGGAAAUUACAGAUUUCGGAUGGAAGAUCCACCCACGGUGCUAUCACUACCAAUCAUAGCACCCGUUUCCACGCCGAGUACAUGGUUCAAACUGGAAAAGAUUUUGAAAUGGCGAACAGCCUUCGAAGAACGAAUCGAGCUACCUCUGGCCCUGGGAGGGUCGGAUUUUACUCCCUCGGUUCCCCAUAAUGGUCUCGAGGUUCUUGUAGUUUUCACGAUUCGGUCCUCCUUUUUUCAAUUCGUGGAGAUGCUCAAAGCGAGGAUAACUUCUGGAUUCCAGACUCCGGUUGAAUGGCCUCGACAUGCAUCCAGGGAUUUCUCACUUCAAGUACAGCUUUCAGCCCUUCAAGAUUCCGUGUUUCCGCAUAUUGUCUAUACUUGCUACAAAUGUGGUGCAAUUCCUUCGCUGUCAAUCAGUGGUGCACGCUUUACCCUUGGAACUACACCCAGGACGCUGCUUGCUGUACAGUUCGUUAGUGCAAAAUCUUUUGCUCGUGCUUUUUCUGAACGUUCUCGGAGAACAAGUAUUUAUUUACAUGCAAACGUUAUUGCCGCUGUUAUAUUAAAUUUCUCUCUUAUGUAAAAUUCCUAUUCAUUUAAUUCUUGGAAGAAAUUCGUUCAGUAGUAUCUACAAGGUCGAGCAUUAAUAUCAACACCGGGACUUGGAGGAGGUACGAGAGCACGCUCGAGCGGGGCCUCCACUUUGUUACUUUUCAGCUCGAGUAGUCAGAACCUGCCAAGUGGUGCAAUCGAGUCAGGGGCGAGAAGAAAGAAAAGAGCUGUGCAUUGCUUCUCUUCCGUCAAUGAGGCCGAAGAGCUUCCUACAGAUGAACACACAAAUGGGCCGAUGGAGGUUACUGAUACACAUUAUGAGGAAGAGAAACCUGCUGCACUUCCCAUAUCCAUGACCACCCACAUGCCAGACUCUGAAAAGGAGGAGCUACUAACAAGACAUGCAGCAUGGAUGGUAGCUGGGUACUUCGUACUCGCAGUUGGGGCCCUUCUUUUCGUGGACUCUUAUCUGUCGAGCAAUUCAAGAACGACCCGUGGCCUGUAUUAUCUCACUCUACCAUUCCUGUUCUCUGCCACCAUAGCUACUAUCAUGGGCUAUAUUUUCGUUCCCAUACUGAGAACAAUAAAAGCUUCUCAAAUUCUCCGCAAGGAGGGACCAACGACACAUUUUGUCAAAUGUGGCACUCCAACCAUGGGUGGACUGUUUUUCAUCCCAGUGGGUGUAAUUGUCGCUGGACUCUUCAACCGUGCCUCGUCCGUGGAAGUGUAUGGAGUGAUGACGAUGACACUGGUUUACGCUGGAAUUGGGCUGCUGGAUGAUGGUCUGUCUCUCUUCCGGAAACACAACUAUGGGCUUCCGGGGAAGGUCAAAUUCACUUUGCAGGUUGUCGCCGGAAUCAUGUUUUUCUUUUGGCUUGAGUCAGCUAACGUUUCGUCUCCUUACAAAAUAACUAAUACACUUCCACUACCAGCUCCCGUUGGCCUUCUGUAUGUUGGAAAAUGGUAUAUGGCCUUAACAUCAUUCUGCUGUACUGCCAUGAGCAAUGGUGUUAAUCUUACUGACGGCUUGGAUGGUCUUGCUGGAGGAACUGUUGCUGUUGCUUUCAUCGGGAUGGCCGUUGCGGUGCUUCACUGCAAUCCAUGUCUGGGAGCGUUUGGAUCAUCAAUGGCAGGAGCCUGUUUUGGUUUCUUAGUUCAUAACAGGUACAAAGCAACCGUGUUCAUGGGAGAUACGGGAUCCUUGGCCUUAGGCGGAGGACUAGCUGCUAUGGCAGCAUGUUCAGGGAUGUUCUUCCCACUUUUCAUCGCAUCAGGGGUGUUUGUCAUUGAGACCGUCUCGGUUAUGGGUCAGGUCUUCUACUUCCAGUUGACAAAACGAAUGUACGGACAAGGUCGCCGCUGGCUUCGCAUGGCACCUUUUCAUCAUCAUCUGGAGCUCUCGGGUAUGAAAGAAACUAGUAUAACAAAGGUGGCCUAUGCCGUGGGUAUGAUAUUGUCCAUCCUUGCUGCAUGCACGGGGCUUCUGAUAUCUUGAGAUGUUUGUUCGGAACUCUCUGCUCAAUCUGUCAAAGGAUUGUCUUCUGUCUCUGCGGUGCCGUGUGCGCGAGAACCCAACUAGAUAAUCCAAGUAUCUUCUCAGCAAGCAAGAAGAUCAUGAAGACAGUCUACUUGUGCACCUAAGACCAUUACACGGUCUGAAAGCCCAUUUAUGUCAAUACAUUUUGUAAUAACAGGCUAUAAGAAAUAUUCACGAGCGUUCAAGGGCAACAAACUAAAUCCAUCGUAUAUAGUUUUCUCUGAAAUGUCACCACCCAGCAUCUUCUACAAACGGUCCCUUUGUUUCAGUUCACAUGUGUAGAAGAUGGAACCACGUAGGGAACUCAAGAUCCUUGAGAAGCAUUGGUCUAGAUGUUUGUAGACAAGGAAGGCGCGUGAAACUAAUUACUUGGAGAAGACGACGGGAACAUCAACAAGCAUUCUGUAUACAAGUCAGAUCAUUACAGCUCAACUCUCCCACAGAAAUUCGUUUUGAGUCAGGGAAGACAAUCGUGUACAUUACGAGCUUGAAUUAUGAUUAUACUUUGAAGUUAAUAGCAGAUUAAUUGUCUUCAA